GUUGUAGUCAUUUUGUGCCCGUAUCUGGUUGAUUUCUGGACGGUUGCUGCGGUGACCGCUCCCCACCCCCAACUUUGCUGCUGUCUCGCGCAUCUCCCUCCCUCCCCCCACCCCCGACCCUGCUCGGGUUCCCUCCAGGCCUUCUGCCCCUGGUCGCUCGGGCUCGCCGCGCUGUCACCCGCUGCUGUCGUCGGGAGGUGGGUGAGGUGACGCAGAAAGCCCCGUUCAGCCCUCCUACCUACCCACUUACCAUCUCCGCGCGGCCAGCCGUUCCCCUGCACCUUCCGCCAUUUUCCCGUCUGCGAGGGUGGUCCGAUCGCGCUUUUGGUCUAGGGCCCCUGCGUGCGGGUGACCAGGCGGGUGACCAGGCGGGUGACCAGGGCUGGAAAGAUGAGUGGGAGGGCUGAGUUUCGAGAGCCGAAUGCAGAAGUUCCAAGACCAAUUCCCCACAUAGGGGCUGAUUACAUUCCAACUGAGGAAGAAAGAAGAGUCUUUGCAGAAUGCAAUGAUGAAAGCUUCUGGUUCAGAUCUGUACCUUUGGCUGCAACAAGUAUGUUGAUUACUCAAGGAUUGAUUAGUAAAGGAAUCCUUUCAAGUCAUCCCAGAUAUGGUUCUAUACCUAAACUUAUAUUUGCUUGCAUCAUGGGAUACUUUGCUGGAAAGCUUUCUUAUGUGAAAACUUGCCAAGAGAAGUUUAAGAAUCUUGAGAAUUCCCCUCUUGGAGAAGCUUUACGAUCAGGACAGGCACGACGAUCUUCACCAACUGGGCACUAUUCUCAAAAGUCAAGAUAUGACUCAAACGUGAGUGGUCAUUCAUCUUUUGCGACAUCCCCAGCAGCAGACAACAUAGAAAAAGAGAUGCUUCCUCAUUAUGAGCCGAUUCCAUUCAGUGCUUCUAUGAACGAAUCUGCUCCCACUGGUAUUACUGACCAUAUUGCCCAAGGACCUGAUCCCAACAUUGAAGAAAGUCCUAAAAGAAAAAAUGUUACAUAUGAGGAAUUAAGGAAUAAGAACAGAGAGUCAUAUGAAGUUACUUUAACACAUAAGACUGACCCCUCAGUCAGGCCUAUGCAGGAAAGAAUGCCAAAAAAAGAAGUCAAAGUAAACAAAUAUGGAGAUACUUGGGAUGAGUGAAAAAUUGCAUCAUUUGGACCUACGGAAGGAGUUUGAAUAUCCAGCUUCAUCUGGGUGAUCAUGAACAUCUGCAUGCUUUGAGCUCAGCAGCAGUCUUCAUAAACACAUUUAAACCUAGAACCUGGGGUUUUGUGGUUUGGCUUAUUAAAAAAUAAUGUUUCGAAAAUACAGACUUUAAUGUUAAUAUUGUGUGAAUGUAUUCAUUUUGGGAAACAAAUGAUUGAAAUAACACCAUGAUUGUACAGUUAGUGAAAUUGUUUUAAGUUAUAGGACAAGGCUACUCUGUUAUAAAACUAUCAAGAGAGUGUAAUACUCUGGAAUCACCUUAUAUGGAAAUAAAUAUGCUACCUGCAUGUUGAAUUGGGGUGGGAGGGGGGAAGCAAGCGUUAAACUUUACAUCAGAAAUUAUUAAAAAGCCUUUCUCUGGUGUUUGCUGUAUUCUCUUAAUGUCUGUGGUAAAUAAAAUAUAAAGGUACAUGCAUCUUUAUUGAUUUUCUGGUUUUCUUGUUUGCAGUCCAUUUAAGUACAAUUAUAACUGAGUAGUGUUUUGGAGGGAUAGGAAAUAAAGUCAUCUGACCAUUUAAUAAUAUGAUGAAUGUAACUGAUGUAAAUAAUCCAACAUAUAAUGAAUAGCUCAAUGUCUUAAAAAAGCAUUGUUUGAAAAAUUUGCAUAUUCCAGGGGAAUAAAAAUUUGGUAAACUUUA